AUGGAUAGCAAGUUUAUCGACGUGGAGGCGAAAAGCCUGUACAACGUCAUCGAGACGUUCGAAAAGAAGAUUGUAAAUUUGGCUUACAUAAAUGAGGAGGUGCUGGAAAAAUUGAACGAGCAGGAGCUGCCCAACCUACCUGAGGAAUUCUUCACCUACUUUAAGGACAUAAUAAAGCUGAAUAAAUUGUAUGAACAUACGGAGGUGAUAAAAUGUGAAGGCGGCGAAGGAGGCGGUGAAGGAGACGGUGAAGGGGACGACGAAGGGGACGACGAAGGGGACGGCGAAGGGGACGGCGAAGGGGACGACGAACGAGGAGACGAACGAGGCGACUUACUUGGAGUGCACAGGGAACACCAAGAGUUGGUGGACAAAAUUAAAAAGUACUGUUUCUGUUUGUGUAAAAUUUUUAAGCAAAAUGAAAAUUUGUCGACCAUCUUGAAUUCGCUAAGUGAUAAAAAGAACCACGAUUUUUUUAAGUUCCUGGGAAUCGUGAAGGAUUUGAAGGACAUCUUCCUGGUGAAGUUCCAAACGACAGCAGAGGAGCAGCGGAAGCGAAUCGAAAACUUGGAAGAAUUAAAGGAGGAAGAACAAAACACACAAAACGAAGAAAAAGAACUAAAUGAUGAAUUAGAGCUUGUUAGGAAAAAAAGUCACGACGAAUUGAAAGAACUUCAACAGAUACUAAUGACCAAAGAGUAUGAACUGAAAAAUUUGAAGAAGUCCUCCAAGGAAAGCAUAAAGAAAUUGCUCGAUCAGAUGCCCGUAAAUAAUCUCACAGAGGACUUGGAAAACAUUAAUGCCUUACUCGAAAAAACGAAGAAUAUGUAUGAUGAUCAGAUUAGGACAUACCAAGAUUUGGAGGUCAACUUGGUGAAAAAAAACGUACUGAUAGAGCAGGAUAUUCAGAAUUAUAUCGACUCGAUUGAUGCGGAAAUUGAGGAGAUGGAUCAGGAAAUCCAACUCUGGGACAACAAACUGAGAGAAAACAAAAUUAUCGACAAAGACCUAGACGCCACGAUGAUGAAGAAGAAGGUGGAAGUAGAAGAGAAAUCUUUUCUAAAAGAACUGACUGAGAAAAGACGUAACAUCAUUAUGAAAAAAGAAAAUGAAGACAACGAAGCGGCCACGAUUAUUCAGGCGUACAUCAGGGCGGUGAAGGAGCGCAAUAUUUACAACGUAGUGUGGAUCUCUUCACAGAACAGCGUAUCUUCUACAUUGAGAAAAAACGAGCAGGAUGACGAAACGGCGAAGUGA